CACCUGGUCCAUUCACAGCAAUGUGCGCUGUUUGAAGCAACGUUGCAGCUCGCCCACUCUUCAUUCAGCUUACAAAUCGUGAAAAUACUAUCAUUUUUAACAGCCUAUUGUAAACUACACAAUUCGAACCCGUUUUAAAUUCGCACUCGCUCUGGGGCAAUGUUUAUAUCUUUUCAUUCAUUUAUACUCAUUCUAUCUUCUAUCUAAGACUCUCUCGCUCUCCUUCUCUCAAUUUUCAUAUUUGCAUAAUGUAAGUGGGAUAGCACUAGGUUCGACCGCUGCUACGUGAACUUUCUCUCCUUUUCCCUACCUUUUCCAUAAUAUUCGAUAAACAUUAAGCAAACUAUCCGUCAUAGGUAUCUCUGUGAUUACAGCUACUACUACUAUUACUAUUAACAAUCUUCAUUUCCUCCCCGUUAAAAAUAAUGCCCACAGUAGCCGUGAUUCGAACUCGCGAUUCUUCGAAUUCAACGAUUGAGACCCAAAACAACCGACUUGUCCACACACAUAUUGUUGUCACUGUUCGGUAGUCUUCAAAAUAAAGUACAAAAUUAACCUCUUCACCACCGUGCAUCCAGCAUUUCUACCACACACACACACACGCACACACUUAAAUUAGAUACCGUGUUGUUCUCUCCCCACUCCUCACGACUGCCAACCCUCUUCACAUUCAUCAUUUUCACCUGUCUUACAGCUGUGUUAAUUAACAGGUAAAGGAAUUGAAAAAAAAAACUAAUAAACAUAAUUAUCUUUACUAUAAUAAUCUUAAUUCUAGUUGACUUUAAGACUGUCCCCGAGCAAAAAUUUAGCUGCCUGCGAUACGACACGAACCCACAACUAUACUUCCGAAAAACCGAUUCGCUAUCCACUUGACCAAUGCGACAGGAAAACAACACCUGCGCAACUGCUAACUUCCUAAACUCUAAAAGGUAAAUUCAGGUGCGGGAAUCGAUGAAAAAUUUGGUCGGAUUUUUUGGACAGGUAGGCAGACAGAUUACCUGACAGACAGAAAGACAGACAGGCAGGUAACGAAGCAAUUAGGCUUAUUAUAUACACCUGGCUGUAGAACAUCUACACAUUACGUAAGAACGAUUAAUCAACAGCAUGGUUUUAGCACUUGCAUCGUCUAGCUUCACCAAAUAGCAAUUUAUCUCACAUCAAAGCGAAACGAAGAAAGAAUUACAAAAGAAAACUAGAGAACGAAAAUACCUGAAGUGAAAAAAUAGAAGAGAAGGAUUAAAGAAUCUAAACUAUAUUGAAACAUCAAAGAAGUUUGGAGUGGGCGAGGAAUUAUUUGAUGAAAAGAUAAACAUUGAGAACAGCAACACCGAUUCUGGCUGAUUCUGAAAUAAAUUUAUUUGGAUGAGUGAAAAGUAAAUUUAUCAAAAAUAUCACAGAUUCCCUGCUCUGUCAACAGGGGAAUUUAUUCUUGUACAAGAAGUUUACCAUUCUUUGAAUAAACAUGGGUUCCUACGAAGACUCCGAUGGUUACAAAUACGUCUACACGCUCUACUACAACUCAUCAGCUGGGAAACUAAUUCCUGUUGAGGGUGAAGACGGUAAAACUCGUUAUGGAAUGGUCAUUUUCCAAGGGCUGCUGGCCUUCUGGGGAUUUCUUGCCAACUUAAUACUCAUUAUUGCCCUUGCUUCAUCGAAAAGUGCGCGCCGAUUGGUCAUUACCUUGUACAUACUCAGCUUGACCACCAUCCAGCUUUUGAUGUGUGUUGUAAAUCUACCAUUUGCCGUUUACGAUGAUCUACACAAAUGGAGUUUGGGACAAAGAUUUUGUGAAGCCUGGGUUUUAAUGGACGUCACCCUCAGCUGUAUUUCUGCUCUGGUCAUUGUAAUGAUGAAUAUCGAUCGUUUGAUGUUUGUCCUCGAUGCGAAACGUUAUGUGAAGAACAUGAAGGUCAUUGCUCUCAUUCUGAUGGUCAUCUUUCCAUGGCUGCUCGGCAUUUCAUUGGUCAUCAUUAUAUGGGUGAAAGGCAAACAGAUUUUCCCAGAUUUCCCAGGAAUGUGCGUCUAUGCGCUACACAAAGAAUACGCCAUGGUUUCGCCCUUUGUCAUGUAUUUCAUCCCCGCCUUAAUUAUUCUAGGUCUUACCUUCGCCAUACUGGUCACCGUGGUUCUCCAUCCUCAUCACCGACAACCUCCAGACGGAACCCAUAUGUUUGACGAACAAGGUCAACCACAACUUCCGUAUCCGUUCCGUGAACACAACUCGCUGUUUUCCGUUUGUUUGGUCAACUUUUUUUUCCUUGCCAUGAGUUUCCCCUACAACUGCGAAAAUGCUGUCAUGGCCUUUUGUGAGACGGAUAAUUGCAUGCCACCUUCAGAUCGGCCCCAUAUUUUCUAUUUGUUAGGAAUAUCAUUUCUCGGACUAAACCCGCUGCUGUGGUUAACGUACCAGGAGGUCCGUGGUGCUUUUCUCCGAAUAUUUGAAAAUAUAUGUAAAAGAUAAAUGGUAACAGAAACGAACAGACCUGAAACGAAACGAAGAUUCUUGUUUAAAAAAAAAACAGACAAAAAAUGAAAUUUAAAACGGAAAUAAUUUUGAAAUAUUUGUUAUGUUUUAUUAUUAAUCAAAGAUUUAAACAUAAAGAAAAAGAAAAAAAGAACAUGUUCUAAGAUAUAUACAUAAAAAAAAAUAAUAAUAAAUGGUAGAUUCUUAUUAAAAUGUUGAUACUACGGAUGUCUGGUUGUUGUACAUCUGGCAUUUAUUUAGCUAGCAAAAUGUUGAGUUUGAAAUUGUUAUAUAAAGAUUACAAGAACGAUGAUCGAUGCGAGCAACGGGGAAACAUGUCGAACAAACGUAAUCAACGAAUAUUUUAUUGAAUAGAAACCGUUACAAGUAUAUUGUCUUAUAAGUAUGUACAUAUGAUACAUAUAUAUAUAUAUGAUAUAUAUAUAUAUGUGAUAUAUAG